UGAGAGCGCGGGCACAUGCGCACUGCGGGGCGCGCCGUAGCGAGUGGGGCGACAGAACCCGGCUGGAGCUGAGGGGAGCGCGCGUGCGCCGUGGCGAACUCGGCGCUGCCGGGGCCACUGUGGGUGAGCGGGUGUAGACCGCCGUGCCAGCCGUGGGGAUGUUCCGAAAGGCCCGACGGGUGAACGUGCGCAAGCGGAAUGACUCCGAAGAGGAGGAACGGGAGCGUGAUGAGGAGCAGGAGCCGCCGCCGCUGUUGUCGCCGCCGAGCACCGGGGAAGAAUCGGGCCCUGGCGCCGGCGACAGGGGCCCCGCGGGGGAGUCUCUGCUGGCCCCAGGGCUGCCGCCGUCUUCCACGAUGAUACCGGGUCUCGGGCCCGAGCCCGGGGUCGGGUUUUUGGCCAGUGCCGAGCCCGGCAACGGCCUGAAGCCGCGAAAGAGGCCGCGCGAGAACAAAGAGGUGCCCCGCGCCAGCCUGCUCAGUUUCCAGGACGAGGAGGAAGAAAAUGAAGAAGUUUUCAAAGUGAAGAAAUCAAGUUAUAGCAAAAAGAUAGUGAAGUUACUUAAGAAGGAAUACAAAGAAGAUCUUGAAAAGUCGAAGAUAAAGACGGAACUCAACUCAUCAGCUGACAAUGAACUGCCUUUGGACAAACCAGGACAUGUUAAGGAUCCAAAUCAGGAAGAUGGAGUUAUCAUUAGUGAACAUGGUGAAGAUGAAAUGGAUAUGGAAAGUGAGAAGGAGGAAGAGAAGCCAAAGGCUGGUGGAGCCUUUUCCAACGCUUUGUCUUCUUUGAAUGUUCUCCGUCCAGGAGAAAUUCCUGACGCGGCUUUUAUCCAUGCUGCCAGGAAAAAACGUCAGAUGGCCCGGGAAUUGGGAGAUUUCACUCCUCAUGAUAAUGAACCUGGUAAAGGCCGCCUUGUUAGGGAAGAUGAGAAUGAUGCUAGUGAUGAUGAAGAUGAUGAUGAGAAGCGCCGGAUUGUUUUUUCUGUUAAAGAAAAGUCACAAAGACAAAAAAUUGCUGAGGAAAUAGGUAUUGAAGGGAGUGAUGAUGACGCUUUAGUAACUGGAGAACAAGAUGAAGAGCUUAGCCGAUGGGAACAGGAGCAGAUAAGAAAAGGAAUUAAUAUUCCUCAGGUUCAAGCAAGUCAGCCAACUGAAGUGAAUAUGUACUAUCAGAACACUUACCAGACAAUGCCUUAUGGUUCAUCCUAUGGCAUUCCUUAUAGUUACACGGCCUAUGGAUCAUCAGACGACAAAUCUCAAAAAACAGAUAAUACAGUCCCUUUCAAAACUCCCAGUAAUGAGAUGACUCCCGUUACUAUUGAUUUGGUAAAGAAACAGCUUAAAGACAGGUUGGAUGCCAUGCAAGAAUUGCACAAAACAAAUCGCCAGCAGCAUGAGAAACAUCUGCAAAGCCGAGUGGACUCUACCAGGGCUAUUGAGAGAUUAGAAGGGUCUUCUGGGGGUAUUGGUGAACGGUAUAAAUUUUUGCAAGAAAUGCGAGGGUAUGUCCAAGACUUGCUUGAGUGUUUCAGUGAAAAGGUGCCACUGAUUAAUGAACUUGAAUCAGCAAUACAUCAGCUGUACAAACAGCGAGCUUCCCGCCUUGUCCAAAGACGGCAAGAUGAUAUUAAAGAUGAAUCUUCGGAGUUUUCAAGCCAUUCAAAUAAAGCUCUGAUGGCACCAAAUCUUGAUUCUUUUGGACGUGAUCGGGCACUGUAUCAAGAGCAUGCAAAACGUCGGAUUGCAGAAAGGGAGGCCAGAAGGACUCGUCGUAGACAAGCCAGAGAGCAAACUGGUAAGAUGGCGGAUCAUCUUGAAGGCCUUUCCAGUGAUGAUGAAGAAACUUCUACAGAUAUUACUAAUUUCAAUCUGGAAAAAGAUCGCAUUUCAAAAGAGUCCAGCAAGAUUUUUGAAGAUGUCCUUGAAAGUUUCUGUUCAAUUGAUUGUAUUAAAUCACAAUUUGAAGCAUGGCGCUCAAAGUACUACGUGUCCUAUAAGGAUGCUUACAUAGGCCUUUGUUUGCCAAAGUUGUUCAACCCUCUCAUAAGACUGCAGCUCCUCACUUGGACUCCUCUUGAGGCAAAAUGUCGUGACUUUGAGAGUAUGCUGUGGUUUGAAUCUUUGUUGUUUUAUGGUUGUGAAGAACAAGAGCAAGAAAAAGAUGAUGUAGAUAUUGCAUUACUACCUACCAUUGUGGAAAAGGUGAUUCUUCCAAAACUAACAGUGAUAGCUGAAAAUAUGUGGGACCCUUUUUCUACAACACAGACGUCAAGAAUGGUUGGAAUUACACUAAAAUUAAUAAAUGGAUAUUCUUCAGUAGUGAAUGCAGAAAAUAAAAAUACACAAGUUUACUUAAAAGCACUUUUGUUGAGAAUGAGAAGAACUUUAGAUGAUGAUGUAUUUAUGCCCUUAUAUCCCAAAAAUGUCUUAGAGAAUAAAAAUUCUGGGCCAUAUUUGUUUUUCCAGCGACAGUUUUGGUCUUCGGUUAAGCUAUUAGGGAAUUUUCUUCAGUGGUAUGGCAUUUUCUCAAAUAAAACUCUACAGGAAUUAUCGAUAGACGGUUUACUUAAUAGAUACAUUCUCAUGGCUUUUCAGAAUUCAGAAUAUGGAGAUGACAGCAUCAAAAAAGCCCAAAAUGUAAUCAAUUGUUUUCCCAAACAAUGGUUUGUGAGUCUGAAAGGAGAAAGAACUAUUUCUCAGUUAGAAAACUUCUGUCGAUAUCUUGUACACUUAGCAGAUACAAUUUACAGAAAUAGUAUUGGGUGCUCUGAUGUGGAAAAAAGAAAUGCAAGGGAAAAUAUAAAACAGAUAAUAAAACUCCUUGCAAGUGUUCGAGCUCUGGAUCAUGCUAUAUCUGUUGCAACUGACCACAAUGUCAAAGAAUUUAAGACUUUGAUUGAAGGAAAAUAGAUUGAUGUGGCUAUUUGCUAGAAUACCAUUCCCAAUGUAUAAAUUUUGUAUAUAUGUAAAGUUUCUUAAAUUGUAAAAUAAUGAUUCUUGUUUUAAUACAGAGUAUUAUUAUAUUCAAUACUGUGUCCUUACAUGCGAUUUCUUUAGAAUGAAAGAAAUUCAGAUUAUUUCUAGGAGUCCAUGAAUUUUUCCUUUACUCCUGUCAUACUUUGUUUACAGAAGCAUUUGUAUGGUCAUUCAAAUUAGCCCUUGCAGUUCAUUGUCCUCUGUAAACAAUGUGUGCCAUGUAAAUUGUGUAAUUAUGCAUAUAUGUAUUUAUACCACCUGGAGUUAACUUUCACACUGGACAUUGGUGUUUUUCUACAGAGUAAAUCUUUUAACAGCAGAAAAUUAAUAGCAAAUUGUCUUAGGAAAAUUAGUACACAUUGCAACAAAAGGGCUGGCAAGUGACUAAAUGUUCAUCACCUUCUGGUUAGCAGUUGCUAUCAGAGUAGCUGUGCUGCCUUAAAAUUGAGAGUUGAGUUGUGGACUCAGUCAUCAGGUGAAUGGGAAACUUUGUUCCUUGAAUUGGCAUUAUAGUCAUUUGUGGCAAUUUAAUGUGAACUCUAAAUAAUAUAUGCAAAAUAGUUCAGGAGGAACAUAGGUUAACUUUUAAAAAUAAUUCCACAAUUUAACUGCAUGGUUUUGGGCUGACCAUCCUGUCUCAUUCUUGGUUUUACUCCCUGGCCAGCUUACAAAUACAUGCUUUUAAAUUCUAGUAGUCUUGACAUAUUUAACAUCCCACAUAUGUGAGUUAUAUAUGCAAUAAAAAAACAUAUGCCUUGCUGAGUAGCUGCCCCCAGGCAAUUUAAUAUCCCAUGGUCUUCUAUACUGUUUAUACCACAUUUUAAAUAUUCAGAGAACUUGUUUUAAAGUUUAGCCUUUCUGAUCUGUGAUUUUCAAAAGAGAAACUUUUUGGAAAUUAAGGACUAUUGUUUGAUAAUUAUAUAUAAUUCUGCUUUAGCCAAGCAUUAAAUUAAUUUUUAAGUA